CUGCUCUAUUAUGACGGCAGAACACAAUCGUUUAACCUCACGCUAGAGGUGUUGGCAGCUGUGGAAAGCUGAAGGUGAAAUAGCUGUUUUGAAAGCCCUUUGUACGCGCAUAAUGUCUUCCAGUGGCCUUUUAACCAUGCGUAGCCAACUUUGCAGACGUUUUUUGACACUUAAGUACCUGUCUAGGACCUACGCAUCUCGUCCCACUUUAAAUGAAGUGGUCAUCGUCAGUGCCGUACGAACCCCAAUGGGGUCAUACAAAGGAAGCCUUUCCACAUUAUCUGCGACAAAGCUUGGCUCCAUUGCAAUUAAAGGUGCCAUCGAACAAGCAGGCAUUCCUCCAGAGGAGGUGAAGGAGGUGUAUAUGGGAAACGUGUUGCAAGCAGGUGAAGGACAGGCACCUACCCGACAAGCCCUCCUUGGAGCAGGGCUACCCAUCUCCACUCCAGCAACCACCAUCAACAAAGUGUGUGCCUCAGGGAUGAAGUCUAUCAUGCUGGCAGCUCAGAGUCUGAUGUGUGGGCAUCAGGAUGUCAUGGUGGCAGGAGGAAUGGAGAGCAUGUCCAAUGUCCCUUACAUCAUGGCCAGGGAGACUCCCCCAUAUGGAGGGGUGAAGAUGGAGGAUCUUAUUGUGAAGGAUGGGCUCACCGAUGUCUACAACAAGUUUCACAUGGGUAACUGUGCAGAAAAUACAGCAAAGAACAGCAACAUUUCCAGGGAGGAGCAAGAUGCCUACGCCAUCAACUCUUACACCCGAAGCAGAGCAGCAUGGGAGUCUGGACUGCUUGCUAAAGAGAUUGUCCCAGUUCACAUCCCACAGAAAGGAAAGCCUGACGUUGUUGUUAACGAGGAUGAGGAAUGGAGACGAGUUGAUUUCAGCAAAGUGCCUAAACUGAGGACUGUCUUCCAGAAAGAAAAUGGCACAGUGACAGCAGCCAAUGCCAGUACUUUGAAUGACGGGGCAGCUGCCCUAGUUCUGAUGACAGCUGAUGCAGCCAAGAGACUGAACGUCACUCCACUAGCUAAGAUAGUUGCUUUUGCAGAUGCAGCUGUUGCACCCAUUGAUUUCCCAAUCGCUCCAGCCUAUUCUGUACCCAAGAUAUUUGAGGCCACUGGCCUGAAGAAGGAGGAUGUUGCAAUGUGGGAGAUCAAUGAAGCUUUCAGUGUUGUGGUUUUGGCCAACGUCAAGAUGCUGGACAUCGACUCCAACAAAGUUAAUAUCAAUGGCGGAGCAGUGUCCCUUGGACACCCCAUUGGAAUGUCUGGGACGAGAAUUGUUGGCCACAUGGUGCAUAACCUGAAACCAGGAGAGUAUGGACUUGCAGGGAUUUGCAAUGGAGGAGGCGGAGCAUCUUCAAUUCUAAUCCAGAAAUGCUAGAAUGGUUUCUUUAUGUUGGGUUAUCCAGAUGAAAUGUUCACAGCCUGCAUGUUGGAGUGUUUAAUAUAAAUCAUGCAGAUUGCCAUAACCAAACAUUAUUUGCAUAAAUUUGCAGUGAUCAACUUUUGUUACAGUUCAACUGGUUCCUGUUACAGACUAAUAUUCUCUUCCUCAACUGUGGCUCAUGUUACUUUUCAAACAAAAAUAAACGUAUCCAUGCAAGUAAAGUA